UGUCAACGCGCAUCACUUGGGCGGUGUAGAUGCGCCACAAAGCAGGGCAGGCUCCUCCUCCUCUCCUCCUCCUCCUCAGCGCACGGCCUACCUUCCGGGGCCCGCCCUUCGCGGAGGCGCAGCCUGCCUGCCUUCUCUCCCUCCUUCCUUGCCUGCCCUGCUCCUCACCUCCCGUGGGCCAUGGAGGGAGUGAAGGGGCCCGGCGGCGGCGGCGACGGCGGCGGCUCUCCUUCCCCGGCGGGGCUCGUCGUGGGCGUCGACGUGGGCAGCACGGUCCUCCGCUGCCAUGUCUACGACGCCGCGGCCACGCUCAAGGGGUCCAGCGCCAAGCCGGUAGAAGUUCUUCGUCCUCAGCCAGGCUGGGUUGAAUUGAAUCCUGACAGUCUAUGGACGCUGUUUGUUGAUGUGGUGAAAGAGGCAGUUCAAGUUGCAGGAAUUCAAAUGCAUCAAAUUUCUGCUCUUGGACUCUCAACACAGCGAUCAACUUUCAUUACAUGGAACAAGAAGACGGGAAAACCUUUUCAUAACUUCAUCAGUUGGCAAGAUGUGAGAGCUGGGGAACUUACUAAAUCCUGGAACAGAUCUUUUUUAAUGAAAACAGUUCGUGGCAUUUCUUCUCUGCUGCACUUUUUCACACGGAGCAAUCAGUUUUUGUUAGCAAGUUAUUUAUCUUUUACAACACAGCACAUCUCUUUAAGACUGGCUUGGAUUUUGCAACAUAUAACUGAGGUAGAACAAGCUAUUAAGGAAGAUAAUUGUUGCUUUGGAACAAUUGACACAUGGCUGCUAUAUAAGCUCACCAAAGGUUCAGUAUAUGCUACAGAAUAUUCAAAUGCAAGUUCCACUGGAUUUUUUGAUCCUAUAAAGAUGCAGUGGAGUAUGUUCCUUAGCAAGUUACUUUCCAUUCCAGUAUCAAUUUUUCCACUAGUACAAGACACAAGUCACAACUUCGGAUCCGUUGAUGCUGAAAUAUUUGGAGCACCUAUUAAAAUAGCAGCUUUGGUGGCAGACCAACAAGCAGCCAUGUUUGGAGAAUGUUGUUUUGAUAUUGGUGAUCUUAAGGUCACCAUGGGAACUGGUUCAUUCUGGGAUAUUAACACUGGAAGCAAAGUUCAUACAUCUAAAAAAGGCUUAUAUCCGUUGGUUGGUUGGAAGAUUGGAAAAGAGGUGACCUACUUAGCUGAAGGCAAUGCUUCUGACACUGGGAAUGCUAUAAAAUGGGCUCAGAGUUUAGAUCUUUUUGCCAGUGCUGAUGAGACAUCAAAUAUGGCACACAGCCUAGUAAAUUCAGGAGGAGUUUGUUUUGUUCCAUCAUUUAGUGGGUUACAGAUUCCAGUAAAUGACCCCUAUGCAUGUACUUCUUUUAUGGGGAUCACACCUUCCACCACCAAAAACCAUCUUGUUCGGGCUAUACUGGAAUCUAUAGCUUUCAGAAACAAACAGCUGUAUGAUACCAUCACGAAAGAUGUGGGCAUACUACCUACCUCCAUCCGAGCUGAUGGUGGUGUCAGUAAAAAUAAUUUUGUGAUGCAGAUGACUUCUGAUUUAACUAAUAAAAUAAUAAGUAGACCGGCAAGUACAGACAUGUCUUGUCUUGGAGCAGCUUUUCUAGCAGGCCUUGCUGUAGGAUUCUGGAAUGACAAAGAGCAGCUGAAGAAGUUAAUACGACCGGAUAUGGUUUUCAAACCACAAAAGGAUCCAGAGGAAUAUGAACCUGCUAUGAGUAACUGGAUAAAAGCUGUUCAGCGUUCUCUCUCGUGGUAUAACCAUACAUCACCUUGUUAAGAUCAAUAUAAAAACUAUAGAUGAAUAUAUAUCUGAAAAGCUGGAUUGAAGAGCAAGCUCCAACUCUAAUCCUGAUUUUGAAUUGACUGUUUACCAUUUGCUCCUUUGCAACGUUACUCAGAAUGCACCAGCUGUCUUUCUGGAACAGCAGUGACUACGAUUCAGUAGUCAAGAAACGGAAUGCCGGUGUUUCAUAUACUGUAUAUCAAGGGGGUGGUUUUGUAUACAGACUAGAUAUGAUGACAGAGAGAUGUGAUUUCUGCUCCACUUCUUUUUUAAAAAAGCAAGCAAAACCUCAACUCAUUCAAAUAGAACUGUAUCAGUUUGCUUCCCCAUAAAAACCUUAUAUAUUGCCUUCUGGGGAAGAAAACCUAAGACAGAGGUGCUUUUGCACACCAAGUUUGACCAAAGCAUUCAAAUUUAAUAUCAUUAAAGAAGAUUCAUCAGUUGAUGAUAAAUAAUUUAUCAGAAAUUAAUUUAUGUUAAUUGCUGUUGUAAGAUAUACACAUUUGUUUUAAUCCAGAAAUCAGUUAAAUCACCAAAACUAGACAAAUAUGGCAACACAUUUCUCAGAGUGACCUCAGAAGUAACAAAUUUAAUUAAGAUGACAUAGUCUUAUUUUUAAAAGGUCCAAAUUGUUGAUGCUAAACUAUUACAAUAAAGAUAUUAAAAUUGCUGUCAUGAAAGAUAAAUAAGCAAUAAAUAAGUAGUAAUUAAUUUAACUACUUAUUUCAACUUCUUAAGUUGAUCAUAAAUCAAUAAAUUAUCUGGUUGGUAUGAACAUGGCAAAUAUAAUGUAGCAUUUUGUCUCACUCAAGAUUUCAUCUAAUAUAUAUUGAUCUCUGACUCACUUAAGAAUAAAUUAUACUAGUUUAUGCUUAAGUCAGUCAGAGAUCAUUAAAUAUUAGAUGAAAUCUUGAGAGAGACAAAAAAUGGCUACUUCCCCACAGUGUGUUUCUUAACAGAAGGAGUUUGUGUGGAUUAACCUCCCUUUAAGCUAAACAAAUGGAGAUGUAAGCAGACUGUUACUUCUCAAUUUCAAGUUGUUAUUGUUAGCGUUUUCAUACUGACAAUAACCACUUGGCCAUGUAUAUCUGUUAUUUCAGGUAUAUAGGAAAUAGUAUUUGUGCCCAAAAUUUUAUCUUUAUUUAGAGUAUUUAUACCUCACUCCUUGGCCAUAAAUUUUCUCAGAGCCACUUAUAAAAUAUUAAUUUGACAGUAUGAAAUGAAGUGGGGCUGAGGAGGAAGUGAAGAUGGCUGCUGCCCUCCAGCAUUUGCAAACUGGGGUAAUCUGUUUAAUUGUAGGGCUAGCUAUGAGUGUAAUAGCACAGAACUUAAAUGGAAAGUAAAAUGAUUAGAAUGUCAACAUUUUGUCAUUUGGAAAAAUGUAUUUUUCUUCUACUACGUAAUUAUUUUACAGCUGUGCCGGGUAGCUAUGAAAUUGCAUAGAUAUUUGGUCUCUGGUGUUAAGUUAUAUAUUCCAUCAACCUUUAGCCUUCCAGGUUGGUUUGUUUGUUUGGUUUUGGCCUGCAUCUCCCAUUAGCCCUUGCCAUUUUAUCCUGUGGUGAUAUAAGGUAUGGGAGUUGACCCAAAAACAUAUGGAGGGCCAUAGUUGCCUAUCCUUACUCUUGAAACAACACUGCCUUAUAUAAAAGGUAAAAGUUUCCCUUGACGUUAAGUCGAGUCAUGUCCGACUGGGGGAUGGUGCUCAUCUCCAUUUCUAAGCUGAAGAGCUGGCAUUGUCCGUAGAUGCCUCCAAGGUCAUGUGGCUAGCAUGAUUGCAUGGAAUGCCGUUACCUUCUCACCAAAGCGGUACCUAUUGAUCUAGUCACAUUUACAUGUUUUCGAACCGCUAGAUCGGCAGAAGCUGGGCUUAACAAUGAGAGUUCAUCCCACUCCCCGGAUUUGAAGCACAGACUUUUUAGUCAGUAAGUUCAGAAGCUCAGCGGUGUAACCCGGUGCGACACCAGGGAGCCCCUACUGCCUUACAUUCAUACAAGACAAUUAGGCUGUUAAACUGAUGUACCUAGGUUUGUCUUUGAACUGUUAGGGACAAAGCUACGCCAGUGCAAAAUAAAA